AUGAACAAAAACGGAACAGCUAAAAUGAAUGAUAAUCAAAUUAGAGCAGAAGGUAGAAGGUUAUUUAAACGCUUCUAUAACAUUCCUGAUGGUGUUAAUCCUAAAACUCGUAGAAGCUAUUUAAAUGAAGCAAUAGAUGCAUAUGAAGGGUUUGACAUUUCAUCAGAAAGUGAGAGGUUAGCAAGAAUGUUAAACGUUAAUAUUGAUUUUUAUUAUUGUGACCCUCAACCAGAAGACGUAGACAUUAACAAGGUAGACUUUCCAUUAGUGGAAUCAAUAAUGAUAGAUCCAGAAUUUGAAACAGUAAAUAUUUUAUUAACACAGAGUCCAUGUGGAAAACUUCACGCUGACAGAAUAACAGACGUUGAAGCACUCACCGGCUAUAAAGUUUGUCCAUAUUGCAAAGAAGAAGUUUAUUCUAUCCGUGAUGAUCCAGAAAGGAAAAACCAAAGAAGAUUUUUAAAACAUUGUGAGAAAUGUAAAGAAAAUAAUGGAAGAUUAAUUCAAGACGUUCAAUUGCAAAACACACAACAACCAUAUGCACCACAUAUCACGAAACAGAAGAUAUAUCAAUGGCUAUUAGCACAUAAUUUGCAGGAAUAUUAUAAACCAACAAGAUAUUAUAUUACUUUUGACUUCGAAACAUUAGAGACUAAAGAAGAACUUCAACUUUCUGAAUGUGCAACUUUGAACGCUUACUUAAAACCAUUUAUGGUAUCAUCAACUGUCAAAAUAAAGCCGCAAAGCGGCGAGGUCGUAGACCGUGAUAAAACAUUUACGAGGAAUUUUUGCUUAACUUCGAGUGAUUCUUUUAUUUCUGAUUGGAUUGAGUUUUUAUUUUCAACCUGUUCAUUAGUUGCUAAAUCAAAUAUUGAACAAUAUGAAGAAUUAAUGAAGCCGCAAACGGACCAAACGGCGGGGACUUUGUCUCAUACAUUAAAUGAGAAACAAAAGGAAGCAUUUAAAGAACUUCUAGAUGAAGAAUUUAAUAAAGUGAAUAUCAUAGGUUUUAAUUCGGGAAAGUUUGAUUUAAAUUUAAUUCUUCGUGAUUUAAACACUGCAAAAUGGAAAAUAAAAUCAAUGCUGGGUUCAUCUCUCAAUUUAAGCAAAUCAUUGUAA